UGUAAUAAUGGGCAUAGGCCCAAAAGGCCUUGAAAAACCCUAAUUCUCUUUAGCAACAUAGCUUAUUAACUUCGGAAAAUCAGCUGCCCCCUUCUCUAUUAGAACUUAGGGUUUCAACGCUGCACUCUUUCCGCACGCUUAGGGUCGCCAAGCUUCAAACAAACAUGGCUGACAAAGCGGUUACCAUCAGAACAAGGAAGUUUAUGACUAACAGGCUCCUCUCCAGAAAGCAAUUCGUCAUUGAUGUUCUUCAUCCAGGAAGGGCAAAUGUUUCUAAGGCUGAGCUUAAGGAGAAGCUUGCUAGGAUCUAUGAUGUUAAGGACCCCAACACCGUGUUUGUGUUCAAGUUCCGCACCCAUUUCGGAGGUGGCAAAUCAACUGGUUUUGGUUUGAUUUAUGACACUGUUGAGAAUGCUAAGAAGUAUGAGCCUAAGUACAGACUUAUUAGGAAUGGACUUGAUACUAAGGUUGAAAAGUCAAGGAAGCAAAUGAAGGAAAGAAAGAACAGGGCAAAGAAGAUCCGUGGAGUAAAAAAGACCAAGGCUUCUGAUGCUGCCAAGGCUGGAAAGAAGAAAUGAGUUUUCAAACAUCCCGGUUCUGUUUUUAAGAUUCUUGUGGUGUUGGAAUUUUGUAAUGGCUAUUUUAUUUUAUAGAUUCCUAGAUUGAAAUGUUUCGGUAAAUGCCCUUAUCUUUUUGGCUCUUAAAUUAUUAAUGUUCAGUUACAACUUAAGAUUUAGGAGAACUCAGUUGAUAACUUACGGCUGUUUUCAAAUGUUUGCUAGACUGUGAUUAUGAAUUCCUAUGGUGCUUGAAAAUUUGACGGAUCAAUCACUUAUUUUAUAGGAUUUUUA